AUGGCGGUAGGGCCAGUCCGCUCCUCCCCCCACGGAGCCGCGCUGGUCUGACCCUCCCAAGAUGGCGUCUCGAUGCGUUAUUGUGCGCAUGCGUAGUGGGCGCUGAGCGCCAUGGCCGAGAGUUUGAAGCUGGAGCGGGCGGUGGAGGCGCUGGCGCUGCUGCUGGGGAGGCGCGGAGGAGGCACCGGAACAGAUUCAGGUUCUCUCCAGACGGCAAAACAUGCAGCUCUGCUCGAAACCUUGAACUCCAACUUGGCUGCUUUAGAGGAGAAGCUUGGUCAGGAUCCCCAAUGGAAUGAACUGCGAAGCUUGAGAGCUGAAGUCAGAGAGCAGGCUGCUUGGCUAGAAAGCUCUACAGAUGUGACCUGGAGUUUUACUUGUCAAGUCCUGCUAUUGCUGCUGAGUUUGAAAAAGUGCAUGAUCCUCCUAGCUGCUGCUUAUCAUCCAGCCAAACCAAACCCUAGGACUGCUGAAGCUGCUCCUGCUCUCAGCCCUGACACGCUCAGUAUCUCCCAGCAGAAGACUGUUCAGUCUGCAUUACAGUUUGUGAUUACCUUGGGCCUUUGUCCAUAUCUCUUGCCUGGGGUUGGAAUCCCGCUGAAGCACAGGACAGAGUUCAGUGCUGUUGUUCAGGAUGUGGUAUCUCCCAGCACUGCCCCCAGUACUCUGCAUCGGCUCUAUGCCAGCUGUACUGCACUGCUGCAGAUUGCACAGCACCCAUCUUUGGGCAGCCUCAUCCUUACCCGCCACCUUGGGGACCUCAUCGCAGGUCUGUGCCAGCUUGGAUUCUGCCCGACCAAAGGAAAGGGCGAGCAAGCCAGGCCACUGGAGCAACUAAAGGACCUUACAGAAGAGCAGCGAACCCACUGCAGGGAGGCCUUGAAGAGUGUCUUGGAUCGAGUCUACCAACCCCUAGUGGUCCGGGAACUGCUUGUUCUCCAGGGUGGAUCCAAACAGGGCCUGCAGUUCCCUGGACAAGAGGUGAAGCAGCCGCUUGCCCAAGCCCCAGCUUGGCUUCGGCGUCUCUGCGGACAGCUGCUCUCGGAGAGGCUGAUGAGACCCAGUGGGGUUCAGGCUGUUGUCCGGGGCAUCAUGGAGGGAGCAGGAACUGGUGGCAGCGGCGCUGAAGCAGCAGCUGCAGAUUGGAGAAAGUGUGACAUGGUUGCUAGGAUCUUGGCCUCCUGUCCUCAGCAAUCUCUGUCCCUGGAAGAUUACUAUCGACAGGUGUGCCCACAGAUUCUAGACUUACUGCAUAUUCAGGAGAAGUUGACAACACACCAGUUCCAGAGAGUUGCCACCACGGCUCUUCUCACCGUGGCCAGAGAACAUCCUCAGCUGGCAGUGAAAUAUUUGCUCCAUCCCAUGCUAGCACCACUUCUCCAAUGCUGGGAUAUGGCAGAGGUGGCAAUGGAAGGCUUACCUGCAGGGACUGUGCUGGUGAAAGAGGCAGAGCUCAGCCGCUGCGUGGAAGAUGUGUUCAAGGUGUGUGUGGUUGGGAAUGAGCCCUCUGAUGUGUUGCUGGAAUCUUUGCAGCCAGCUCUGGGAGUGAUUUUCUCUCUCUAUUGUUUCACCAAGCAGAACGUGUCUCACUUACGUUCACCAUGCCAGGAGAUUUUAUUAUGGGUCUUGGAGAAGUCAGAGAGAAAGGUGGCGCUCUCCAUCCUGGAAGGGUUUGCAGGCCUGGGUAGAACCAUGCAGUUUCUCCAUCCGCUGUACCAGUUUCAAAUAGCUGGUGGAGGUGGUGCCGUGAUCACUGUCAAAGAGACCAUCAGUGAUGAGGAGGAGGCCCUCUACCAGAAGGUCUCGUCGGAGCAGUGGCAGAUGGAGCAGUUGGUGGGCCUGUUAACUCACUGCCAGAAGAGCGGCUUAGCUGGAGACUUCUUCAUCUGCUGUUUAAAGGAGCUGACUCACGUGGCUGCAAAGGAUGAUUCUGGCUCGGAUGCUGUUCCCCUCUCCUGUGAGAGUCUGGUGGAGCUGGAGCAAUACCACAGUCAGCAUCUUGUGGGGCAGAAGAAGAAGCUGCUUGUUCUGCAGCUGGUGGCCAUGCUGUGUGAGCGCGUCUCAGACACAGUGUUCACAGACAUUGUCCAGGUGGUGGAAUUUGUGGCAGUUACCUUGCAGCGGGCAUGUGCAAAUCUUGCCCAGGGUCCAGAGGGCACUGUGGAAGCACAGACUCUGAGCAUGUCCAUGGGACUAGUGGCUGCCAUGCUAAGAGGGGCAGUGCAGCUGAAAUCGGGUGACUUUGCCUUCCUAAAGCAGUUGGUGCCCCUGUUGGAGGAGAUCUCCCGCAUUCAUCCUGAACCUGUCAUCCAGGAGCUCGCUGCUGAUCUGCGCAUCACCAUCUGCACUCACGGAGCCUUCUCCACCCAAAUGGUUGGCACUGCUGCCCACAGCACCCUGGGGAAAAGAAUAGGGUCAAACAGGUCAGGAGGACAGACCCAUGCAAACCCCACAGAAAGUCCUGAGGGCAAAACAGCCGGGCUCAGCCUGGGACCACCACAGAGUAAUGAAGAUUGCAGCCACACAAACAGCAGCAUGACCAGUAACCACAGUCCUAAAGGAAAGAAUGGGGACUCCACCGUGCAGAAAGAGUGCCCCGCUGGGACUCCUACAGCAGCCCACAGCCCACAACAGCUUCAGGAGCUCCUGUUAUCAGCGUAUGACCCUGAAAUCCCAGUACGGGCAGCUGCCUUGCGGGGUCUUUCCCGCUUGAUAGAGCAGAGAGAUCCAGACGGACUUAAGGCUCAGGAGAAACUCCUCAAGGUUUUCCUGGAAAAUAUGGAACAUGGGGACUCCUUUGUGUACCUUUCUGCUAUUCAAGGUGUUGCCCUUCUGUCAGAUGUGUACCCUGAGCAAAUCCUACCCUGCCUGCUGGCCCAGUAUGGCUGCGCCUCACCAGGCACCAGAGGACCCCAGACUGCAGAGACCAGGAUGAAAGUGGGAGAGGUGCUGAUGCGGGUAACCCGGGCACUGGGGGACAUGAGCUGCCAGUACAGAGCUCCUCUGAUUCAUGCAUUCCUGAGAGGAGCAAGAGACCCGGAUAGCACCCUGAGGGCUAGCAGUCUGUCCAACUUGGGAGAGCUGUGUCAGAGACUUCACUUCCAGCUUGGCUCCGUGGUUCAGGAGGUGACCUCCUGUUUGACAGCCAUAGUUAAGACAGACAGCGAGGCUGAAGUCCGAAGAGCUGCCGUUCAUGUGGUGGUGGUGCUGCUCCGUGGGCUCAGUGAGAAAGCAACUGAGGUUCUCAGGGACGUGUUGCGGGAUCUCUACCGCCUGCUGAAAUCAGUGGUGGUCUCGGACCGUGAUGAGGUCACUGUGCUUCAUGCCCAGCUGGCCUUGGAGGAGCUUGAUGACAUCAUGAGGAGGUUCUUGUUCCCCCCUCAAACCCUAGAGAAGAAGCUCAUGGUCCUGCCUUAGCAAGACAGACAGGCCAGCAGGAUCGAGUGCCCCCAGCACGACUUCCACAGCCAAGUCGCACCUCUUGGUCUGUGCCAGCGCGCCGUAGCCAGGAAAGACUGGGAUUCCU